CUGUAUGUUACUACCUGGGAUGCAGACAAAAUGCUGGAUGUGCUAUUAUCCUUACGCAUUUAGCCAUUUACUGAAUUCAGUCGAGGCAAUAAGGAGUUUAGCAGUAUCGUGCCUAGUCUUUACUUUCUUUUUAGGACGUUAUCCUUUAACCUUGGCAAUUUGUAUUCUUGUAUGUAUGAACACGGUGAACUGACAUAAUUUUUCCGUAGUAUAGCAGCUUCUGAAGGAAUCAUGUUUGGCAAUUUAUGUCUCUACUUCUCCCCUCCGCUGGCUCUGCCGGCUCGAGAAGGAGAGAAGAAGGGGAGAGGUAGCGUGUAUAUUCCGUUUCAGCUGUAGCCGAUUUUGUAUUGGAGCCCUGGUUCUUCGCGGUGUUGUGCUUCACUGCUGUUCCCGGCUGUGCUGGAGUCGCCGGCGUGGAGUUGGUCUGCUGGAUCAGUGCUGCUCUCAACAAUCCGGAUCGGGGGGAUUUUGCUUCUCCGUCGUUUGGUCGAGGAGAGGAGAAUUUGAGAUCGUAUUGGAUUCGGAAAGCAAGUAUUUCAGCCCAACUCCGAUUGGCGCUCCGACUCCUGGUUCAUCACGUACGCUAGGAUGAUAUAUACCAGGCCACGUACUCAGGUCAGGCCAUCUGAUCGUGUUGCAAGUAGUCGAUUCGGGAGGUGCGGACCAAAAAAAGCUUCCAAAAAAACCCUACAAGCCACCUCUGCCUCUCAAGAUGGCUCUGAACGAGAGCCUGAACAGAUUCAAGCAGCAGCAGGAGAGAUGCCUAUCAAGCAUGGCUGCAAGCCAAGCAAGGCCACAGCAAUUAUCUAAACCGGCAGUGACCAAUGCGCCAUCUGCAAAUAAGCCGCCCGUCAGAUUAUUCUCGGAAGAUACAGAGAGGCUGCAGCGCAUGAACUCGGUGAGCAAGUCUCCUGUCGGAGCACAGAUCAAGUUGGUCGUCGAUCUGCUCUACAAGAAAAGGGAGGCUUUUACAGCCAAGCAAAUAAAUGAAGAGACUCAUGUCGCAAUUGAAGGACCUCACAGUGCUGCUCUCCUUGAGAGCCUGAGGAAUAAUCCCAAAGUGCAAUUUGAUGGGAGGCGUUUCUCUUACAAGCCCAAGCACAAUGUCAAGGGGAAACACGAUUUGCUCCAGCUGAUUACAAGCUUCCCCGACGGCCUUCCCGUUGCCGAGGUUGAGGAUGCUUAUCUAUCUGUACUGCAAGAUUUGCAGGCUCUGAAGGACCCGGGUGACAUCUACUGGCUGUCAGGCCAGCAAGACAUGGUGUACAAGAACGACCCUAGAAUGAGGAUGAAGGUGGACAAGGAGUUCAAGGAGCUGUUCCACGAGAUGAAGCUGCCCAGGGACAUGUUGGACAUCGAGAAGGAGCUCCGGAGGAACGGCGACAGACCGGCCACCGACACGGUGAAGCGGCGCGCGGCCGCGCAGGCUAACGCAGCCCGGUCAAUGAAGCUGAGGAAGAAGAAGACGAAGCAGCCGCGUGGGAUCACGGGCAGGACGAAGCUCACCAACGCUCAUCUUCCUGAGCUAUUCGAUCUGCCGGUAGAUUUGGUGGUGAUGGUAUGGAUGCUGCCGUACGUUAUUUCUACCAAUGUAUUAAAUUGGAGUUCAAGCUGAUGAUACGGACGCUGACGUACGUUGUUUCAAAGAAAUUACAAUGAUGCCACCGCGUCCCUCCCUCGUCGCCCGCACGAGAAAAAAUAAGUCGUACGUCCUCCAAUCGCAUCUCUCGUCUCGUCUGACAUCUCUCUCUCUCACCACCGUGAGUCCCGCCUCCUCGCACUUCGCCACUGCCGUGACCUUGCCAGGCCAACUCCCGCCUCUGCCUGCUCUCUCAUCUCCCUCCCUGCUCUCGCUCUUGCGUCGCCCUCCUCUAUCGAGACCAACCGCCAGGUUCCUCCAUAGUGGCCGCCGCCGGUGCAAGGGAGGCAGGCGGCCACGGGGCGGCUGGAGGCACGGUGCCUGCGGAGGGAGGACGCACCUGCUGGGGGACGGCGCACGCAGAGCCGCGGAGGGAGGACGCGCUGUUGCGAGGGAGGCAUGCGGCCACAGGGCGGCUGGAGGCAGGGCACCGGCGGCUAGGUUGGGCGGUCGGGGAGCGCCCAUGCGGCGUAGGAGCUCGCGAUGACUGGGUCCUGGCAGAGGAAUACAAGGAUCUUGGCAGGUCUGCCAGGGGCGAGGAAGACAGUGGAGCGUCACUGGAGGUGGGCGUGUCCAGGGGAUCCGUGGUGCGCCCGUAUCGAGCGGUGGGCGGCGUGCACGGAGUCCGCAGGGUUCGCAAGGAGAUCAGCAAGGUGGUCCCGCUCGGCGGCGGUGCGCUCGGCUGGGUCGACCUCCACCUCAGCAUCCUCGUCUGCGACCUGCUCGACCUCGAGUUGAACCCCAGCGCCGGCGAAGACCCGGUCGAGCUCACGCGCCGCAAUAGGCGUGGCUGAGCAGGAGGUGGCGGGCAGGGCAUGCGGCAGGCUUGCUGUACCUGCGCGUGCGGUUCGGGUGUUGAUCUGGAGCACCGAGAGCCUUUGUAUUUUGAUGUGUGUACUGCGUAGAUGAAUUGCCUGAUGAAAUUAGUACAAAGACUUCUUUGUGCACAUAAAGAUUGGCUCGUGCACGCCACGUGUUCGAUGAAUUGUCCAUAAGAAUUUUCGUGGAAUCUGUGGGUUUCCACCUCCUUGUAGUUUAGCACAAUAUGUUCUAAUAAAUGUACCCUCAUUUUUUUUAAUAAAAUGUAUGUCUUGAU